UAUAAACAUAACCUAUAUAAAUAUUUUACAAUGACUUCCAGAAUUGUUUCAAAGAUUGCAAAAGGAAUGGCAACAUCAGAUGGUGGCGGUGUCAAGUUGAAGAGAGUGAUUGGUGGUCCCAUUGCAAGAGUUGACCCCUUCCUCAUGCUUGACGAGUUCAAGAGCGAUAACUCUAACGAUUAUAUGGCUGGCUUCCCAGACCAUCCACAUCGUGGCUUCGAGACCGUAACAUACAUGUUGGCUGGCGCCAUGGAACACAGAGAUCACAGAGGCAACUGCGGUCUGUUGACAUCAGGCUCUGUCCAGUGGAUGACGGCAGGUCGCGGCAUCAUCCAUUCAGAGAUGCCCAAGAUGGAUCAGGGUCUGAUGCACGGCUUCCAAUUGUGGGUCAACCUACCGGCCAAAGACAAGAUGAUGGAGCCACGCUACCAAGAUAUUCCUCCAGAGAACGUGCCCGUUGUCACUGACGACAAUGGCAACAGAAUCAAAGUACUAGCCGGCCAAUACAAGGAAGUGGUUGGCCCUGUUCAGGGCGUCGUCACUGCACCACUGCUAUUGGACGUUGAGAUUGCACCAGGCGCCACAUUCAUCGAGGAGAUUCCAGUGGGACACGCAUCGUUUGCCUAUGUCUUCCAGGGCACUGGACAGUUUGGACCAAAGAACGAGUCACAAGAGGUCAAGAUAUCACACAUUGCACUGCUCGAUGGCUCAAAGGGACAGACACAGAUCGAGGUGUCAUCGACAGAAGGAUGUCGAUUCUUGCUGGCCGCUGGCAAACCAAUCAACGAGUCGAUCGUUCAGCAUGGACCAUUCGUCAUGAACACCGAGCGAGAGAUUAUGCAAGCCAUCAGUGACUAUCGCAAUGGCAAGUUCUAA